AUGGCGGCAGCUGCCCAUGGACUUGAGACAGAUGAGCGGUACACAACACUAGAACAGCACCUGGAUGACCUGUUCCAGACAUUCUGGCGCAAGCUCAAACACAAAGCCGAUCAACACAAACAGGUACAGCUGGGGGGCACCCCCCCGGGGGUAGACAUCAACAAGGUGAGCCCCCAGGGUCAAAACAAAAGUCAAGCGCUAAACACAUGGCAGGGCCCACCAUUAUUACCAUGCGUGCCACGCCAAAGAACCCACGAGGCCCCAUAAGGGCGGACAAACCGGGCCAGCCAUAGAGACCCCACAACUACCUGAGGGAGCGAACAGCCUUCCACAGACAAGUACAGCACAAGCUGCACAUACAUGUUCUGAGAAGAGGGAAAACAAGGCGACCACUGGGUGGAAAGCACCAAGACCACCCACGACUCCACCUAACCCAGCUACUAAAUACUGGGACAACAUUGCAAACCCUCCUUAAAAGCAGGCACUCACCCACAAAUGCCUCCCACAGGCCGCAGCCCCGGGACGCAUGGAAGCAACUCUCAGCUGCACUAUCGGCGGAUCCGCUAGAACCGUCCUCACACAAGGGCAUCGGCCAAACAAAACUACCUGGACUAUCCAUACAGCCCCAGGCACACCAUACAUGGACAUAAGCACGCCUAAAUAA